AUGCUCAUGCCCUGUUUCGAUCAGUACCAUUUUAACCUGACAUCAGGCGAAUGUGCUGAUUUUAUAUUUUGGGAUGAAAAACCAUUAAAUUUUGGAUACAUUUUGAUUGCCAUGUUAUUUCCACACUUUUUGACCAUUGUUGUGCACGCAUUGAAUUUGUAUAUGAUGGAAAAAGAAAAGCGUAAUUUACAACUACAGCAGCGACUAGAUUCGGCUGAGCGUGCAGUUAUUGCAACGGCAUCACUUUAUGCGUUGCGCCUUAGUCAGAAUUCAGAGACGAUCACUCAGCCAAGACCUAAUAAUCAAUUUCAACCCCCACAACAGUUGAACAUGCAUCGUUGUGAUAGAAAUACACCCCAAGUAUAUAUUAGUCCACGCCAAUCAUCGCGAUCGUAUGCGUUUUCUACACAUGUGCCUAUUAGAGAUCAUCCCCAUGUAUCACGAGGGCAGGGAUUGAUACCACCACGAACAGCUUCACUUGCAGCAUCUCGCUCGACACGAUCAUCUAUACCACAGCCGCUGGUAGUAUUGAAUAACAACAACACACCGACUAUUGACAUGCAUGAAAGGAACCGUACAACAUACUCUAUGCCAACAAGAAUAGUCUUUCCAAGAGGCACGCUAUUAGGGGAACUUGAUGCACGACAGCAGCAUACCACCCCAAAAUUAUUUCAUGAAAUGAUCAUUUUCACCACAUUUACUGGCCUGUAUUGUCAUUCAGACUCUGACAAAGUCAUGCAUUUAUUGAUUCAAUAUGACCUGUUAACCAUUCAAUAUGACCUGUUAACCAUUCAAUAG